AUCCCCAAUGAAUGACCUGUUACAACUGCCUAAAUUGUAACCUCAAAGUGUCGACGGAGUGGAUGGAUGUCUCUGUUCCUCUUUGUUGUUGCUUUUCUUUUGUUUUUUGGUUUUUGUAUAUUUGACACAACGGAGUAGAAGAUAGAAAGACUGCGAAUUAAAACUCGCACCAUCCCGAAGAUCAGACCAACUCGGAGACACAGUCUCACAGACGGACCAAUCUCCGAGGAUGUACGGGAAAGCCACGCUUUCUCUCGUUUUCGUUCUCCUCCUCCUUUUCUCGUACUCCAUCUUCAUGGGGACCGUCGAUUUUAGAUCCUACUUCUUGCCUAUGCUGCAGUCACCCGCUGGUGCGCGCCCACUCUGUGCACGCAACCCGCCUCUCCGGGUCUACAUGUACGAUCUCCCUCGCAGGUUCAACGUGGGCAUGCUGAACCGCCGGAACCCGGACCAGACCCCGGUGACGGGCCGUGAUUGGCCGCCUUGGCCCAAGAACUCGGGCCUGAAAAGGCAGCACAGCGUGGAGUACUGGAUGAUGGGCUCGCUUUUGUAUGAAGGAGACGGUGCCGAGGAGAGAGAGGCGGUUAGGGUUUCGGAUCCGGAAAUAGCUGACAUAUUCUUCGUGCCGUUUUUCUCUUCGUUGAGCUUUAAUACCCACGGGCAUGUCAUGACGGAUCCGGAUACCGAGAAAGAUCACCAAUUGCAGAUUGAUUUACUGAAAUUCUUGCGGCAAUCCAAGUACUGGCAACGGUCUGGAGGCAGGGACCAUGUGAUUCCUAUGACACAUCCCAAUGCAUUCAGAUUUCUGCGAGAACAAGUAAAUGCAUCUAUUCAGAUUGUUGUAGAUUUUGGACGCCACCCUAGAACAAUGUCAAAUAUAAGCAAAGAUGUGAUGGCCCCCUACGUGCAUGUUGUGGAUUCAUUUACUGACGAUGACACUACAGAACCAUUUGAAUCGCGUACAACACUUCUUUUCUUCCGUGGGAGGACAUACAGGAAAGAUGAAGGAAUUGUUCGUGUUAAAUUGGCAAAGAUAUUGGCUGGUUAUGAUGAUGUUCAUUAUGAGCGGAGUGUCGCGACAGGUGAAAAUAUAAAAGUGUCUUCGCGAGGAAUGCGCUCGUCAAAGUUUUGUCUGCAUCCUGCUGGAGACACUCCUUCAUCUUGUCGCCUGUUCGAUGCCAUUGUGAGCCACUGUGUUCCUGUCAUCGUAAGUGAUCAAAUUGAGCUCCCGUUUGAGGAUGAAAUUGACUAUGCCCAAUUCUCAAUAUUCUUCUCUUUCGAAGAGGCAUUGAAACCUGGCUACAUGGUUAAUGAGCUUCGGAAGUUUCCAAAAGAGAGAUGGCUAGAAAUGUGGAAGCGGCUUAAGAACAUCUCCCAUCAUUAUGAAUUCCAGUACCCCCCAAAUAAAGAAGAUGCUGUCAAUAUGCUAUGGAGGCAGGUAAAACACAAGCUUCCCGGAGUCAAACUUGCUGUACGUAGAAGCCAGAGGUUGAAAGUCCCAGACUGGUGGCGGAGGAGAAGAUGAUUUCAGUAGCCGGCUUUUGUGAUUUUGUAUAUCCAUAAUCAUUUCAUCAUUUAUAAUGACAACUUUCAAAGGGAAAGAACCAAAGCUAGUUACAAACCACGAUCGGUCAGUUAAAUCCAGAGGUUGAGGACAUGUUUUUCUUGUGGUUUGGUUUUUGGCUCCGUUCACACACUACACUGAAUGACACGCUCCCCAGUCCACAUAUUUUGGUGAAAUUCUUUGUUGUAUAGCUUUGUGUUAAAGAAGAAAUUGAAGAGCUUGGGUUGGCGCUGGUGUUUCUGACUUUAAAGAGUGCAGAAGUGAGUUCCUAAUAAGUAAUCAGAAGGAUUGUUUGUACA